ACUUAACGACACUCUCUCGCCACAUCUUCAUCAACUUCCAUCGCAAAGAGACAGUUCCAAGGAAAGCACGCAAGACGACAAGAGACGCCUAGCCUGUCCUGUCACCCAGGCCAUCCUCCAACACGAACACCUCGCAACUACAACAUCUUGACGCCUGAGGUGCCCUCUUCAGUCCACCUUUCGCACCCGCUCCCCCCAGGAUCGUCGCCAGGCACCAUUCUCGAUGGCUACCGCCGUGCAAUCUGCGAUGACAAUGCCGCCGUCGUUUACCAACCAGUGUAUGGAUCCCGACACGGAGUCUUUCUUCGACUUUAGCCAACUUCCCUCGCCCACGCCCUCUGCAGUGUCGCGACAGCCGUCCAACGCUGCAUCGACCAUCACCAGCCCGACCAACACCGCGCUCGACGGCGAGGACCUCCAGACGCCUGCGAAACCCAGCCAUGAGUAUGAGCGAUUUAAGCAGCAGACCGGACUGCCGUCCGGCUCCAUCGCCGGCAUCAACCCCUCGUACAACACGGGCUACUCCAUGUUCUCAUCCACUGGCUUGGAUGAGAUGAGCUUGAUGGGCGAAUCGUCGAUGAUGGGUGCUGGUUGGAACAGUGGAAUCGGAAUGGACAUGGACGUGUCGAUGUCGCAGCCCGCCUAUUUCUUCCCCACGAACGACGCGUCGCAGUCAGAUGAUUUCGUGGACCCUAGUGCCAUUACGCAAGAGGAGGUGCAGAACGUCAGGGUGUGGCCUGGUAUGCACCAGCAACAGGCUGCCUUGGCGAAGGCUCAGCAACAAGCUCAGCAGCAACGACAGCAGCAGCAGGCUCAACAGCGACAGAACCAGGCCAGCCAGCAACGACAGCACAGCAGGAAUAGCUCCAGCCCAUUGAGCGAUGCGCGCACUGAGGAGACGAUCGCUCGCGUCGUCAACCAGAUCCGUCAACAGAGCCAGAACAGCGCGUUGGCUGCUUCUGCAAACGACUCGGGUCUUCUUCCCCACAUCGUUCGCGCUAAGAAGGACGAGGAGGAUAUGGAUGAAGAUGAGAGGCUGCUUGCAUCCGAGGAAGGAAAGAAGCUUAGCUCCAAGGAGCGCCGCCAGCUUCGCAACAAGGUUUCCGCUCGCGCGUUCCGUUCUAGGAGAAAAGAGUACAUCGGCCAGCUUGAAGGCGAGGUUGCCAUGAAGACGAACGAGUGCAAUGAGCUGCGCACUCAGAACCGCGCGCUUAUGGAGGAGAAUGCCCGCUCCAGGGCCUUCAUUGAGCGCCUUCUCCGCCACCAGGCAUUCACUCCAUUCCUCGAGGAGCUGUCGCGGGAGGAAAACGUCCAGGCUAAGCCUGCCAUGCCGGCCUUGUCCUCAUCUGCCACUCCCACUCCGGCUCCGGCCCGCAGGGAGGUCAACGCCUAUCAGAACCAGCAGUUCGGUGGCAUGUCGUCCGCUCCCGAGAACCCGCAGAUCGGCAUGGCUCUCAUCCCCGAGACUCCUCUGGACAUCUCGAUGCUCAACCUCAACUCCAACAACUGGGGCAUGAACAACUUGAACUCGUUCAACUACCAGCAGCCGCAGGUCUUCGCUGUGCUUGAAGUCCCUGAGGGUCCCGCUAACCCUAUCGACACCGACGCUCUCUCUGGCAAGGGCCACAGCGCCUUCUUCGCCGCUGAGGACGAGUCCCCCGUGGAGGAGGUCAAGCCUGACUUCCCCGUCAUCCAGCGUCCAGUUGAGUCCACGGCUGCUCCGGUCGAGGUCGAGGAGGAUGAGGACCCGGAGUUCGACCUCUACCGCUCAUCGCCUGCUCCUGUCUCCACUGUUGCCCCUGUUGAACACCACGAGUCCCUCUUCGGUGACGCCAAUCCCGAGAAGGUCUUUGCCCACUUCGAGCUCUUCAUCUCGGAUGAGGCUGCUGACCAGCAACUGAUGGAGCGUUUCGAGAAGCAGUGUGCCGCCAUGGAGGCUGUCUACCAAAGGAUAGCUUCUUUCACGUCGCACCUCGACUCAUGAUCCAUCCCCAUGCUACGGCAACCUCAACCUACUGAGACCUGACCAUCAGGCUCAGCGCUUCGGGCUCCCAGUCACCACCGACCAGGGAUUCGCUUCGGCCUUCCGAGGCCUCCUCACUGUAGGAACAUUAGCACUCGCUACUCUGGCUGGCAUCGCCACUUUGCCGAAAAGGCCUUCUCUUUUAGAUUGACCUGUAUGACUCAACGAUUUCUUAUGUUACAGCUGGCCGAAGAGGCUUCAGCUUCAGGUUUGGCGUCAGCGUUAGGGAAAGGGU